GUUAUAUCAAAUAUGAAAUUACUUCAGAAUCAUUCCUAAUACUAGUCGAUUACUAACCGUCUUGGUGCAUUUAGAAAAAUCUACAAAAACUUUGGAAGAUCUCUAAAAGAUCUCAAUUCAAAUAGAGAAAUCAAGAAAUUGACGUGAAAUUAGCCUUCCUGAAGUUGAAUGAGGCUGAGAAAAUCAGUUGUCCAAUCACAUAUAGCGCGCGCCUUUUCAAAAAGAUUUUUUAAAAAAAGCCACUUUCAGGCGCGAAUUGUGAAACUAACAUUUUUAGUCAGCGAACAAGAUACAUCGUUUUAAUACUUAUUAAAUUUUGCCGAAAAAGGGGAAAGAACAUUGUAAUGAAACGACACGAAAACGGGAGAAAGGAUUGAAAACAUCAGUAGCUCCAAGGAUGGGUGGCAGGAAGAUGUUAAUUUUCUGUCUGAACACAUCGGUGGCUCUCGUGAGCAAGAAGUGGGCGCCUCUUCCAAUACAGUCCCUGCGAGGUGUGAUGGACAGAUGCCAGGCCCAAUCAGAGCGGGACUCUCAUUAUAUAAACUGGUGCAAGCUCCUGCCUUUAGCAUUAGCUAGCUAGUCUCUAGAGGUGUCGAUGGCUCGCACAAAGCAGACGGCGCGCAAGUCCACCGGCGGGAAAGCCCCGCGCAAGCAGCUCGCCACCAAGGCUGCCCGAAAGAGCGCGCCGGCCACCGGCGGCGUCAAGAAGCCGCACCGCUACCGGCCGGGCACGGUGGCGCUGCGCGAGAUCCGGCGCUACCAGAAGUCCACGGAGCUGCUGAUCCGCAAGCUGCCCUUCCAGCGGCUGGUGCGCGAAAUCGCGCAGGACUUCAAGACGGACCUGCGCUUUCAGAGCUCGGCCGUGAUGGCUCUGCAGGAGGCGUGCGAGGCGUACCUGGUGGGGCUGUUCGAGGACACCAACCUGUGCGCCAUCCACGCCAAGCGCGUCACCAUCAUGCCCAAGGACAUCCAGCUCGCGCGCCGCAUCCGCGGGGAGCGGGUCCUGCGCGACAACAUCCAGGGCAUCACCAAGCCCGCCAUACGGCGCUUGGCCCGGCGCGGCGGCGUCAAGCGCAUCUCCGGGCUCAUCUACGAGGAGACCCGCGGGGUGCUGAAGGUGUUCCUGGAGAACGUGAUCCGGGACGCCGUCACUUACACGGAGCACGCCAAGCGCAAGACGGUCACGGCAAUGGACGUGGUCUACGCGCUCAAGCGCCAGGGCCGAACCCUGAUUCACUACGGGCUGCGCUGCCGCCUUUGGGCAGUUGGCAGUGACGGGAAGUCCUGGAAGCACCGGCUGAGAGCCGUCACCCCAAAACCGGUGUCUUUGGGGUUAAAUGGCACGAACUGGGUUCUCAUUUCUCAUGCUGGGUCCCUCCCUAAGCCUGAGGCCAAGCAUUUUGUAAGUUACCGCUCUCUGGUAUCGUCGAAUAGCGGCGGGCGAGUCCCUAUAAAUACUGGGAUGGCUGAUUGUUUCUCAUUAGUGUUGGAGAAUUGGCUUUGCUUACCCAUGGCUCGCACGAAGCAGACGGCGCGCAAGUCCACGGGCGGGAAGGCCCCGCGGAAGCAGCUGGCCACCAAGGCGGCCCGCAAGAGCGCGCCGGCCACCGGCGGCGUCAAGAAGCCGCACCGCUACCGGCCGGGCACGGUGGCGCUGCGCGAGAUCCGGCGCUACCAGAAGUCCACGGAGCUGCUGAUCCGCAAACUGCCCUUCCAGCGGCUGGUCCGCGAGAUCGCGCAGGACUUCAAGACGGACCUGCGCUUCCAGAGCUCGGCCGUGAUGGCGCUGCAGGAGGCGUGCGAGGCGUACCUGGUGGGGCUGUUCGAGGACACCAACCUGUGCGCCAUCCACGCCAAGCGCGUCACCAUCAUGCCCAAGGACAUCCAGCUCGCGCGCCGCAUCCGCGGGGAGCGGGCGUAAGUCUCCUUCCUCAGUUAGCAUCCCCUGCCCCCAAAGGCUCUUUUCAGAGCCCCUCAAUUGUCAGCGAAAAAGAGCUGUUAAUUCUGAAAAGUACACGGCAUCCUUAUAUGAAGUGUGGUGUGUCCUUGGUGACUAAGUCACACCACUGCUGCCCACUUGUGCUCCACAUCGGCCGUCUGCUUCUCCUGUGACCCUAACAACCGUCCCGCUUGCCGAGUCCCUCAUACUCUGCAGUGAGGAGCUGUUUAUGGAGAGGCAUUACAAUGACUCGGUCAUUUGAAAAUCCAAACAACUUCGACUGCAAGAAGUGAUUGAAGGAAAACUGGCCCAAACCUUACAGAAGACUUAACUGGGUUAUGCAAAUGGGAAUCAGUUAAAUAGGUAGAAUAUUCCAGCGCCAUUACUUCAGAAAUAGGCCUCUUGAUUUCUUGUAACACAAGUGUUGCCAUGAGUGUUUAAAAUCUUGACGGCUUUUUUGUUUUCCAAUUUUAGUAUACGUGCUGCAGAAGCGAGUGCACCUUUUCUGUUCCGAUGUAAUGUUUGCAAGUGUAUGCUGUGGGCUUUCCAUGUGUGACUGGGGAAUGGGUGACGAUGACCUGUAAGCUGUCAUGUAAAAUGAGUUCCCAAUAGUUCUGAGACAAUCUAGAAAUACUUGUGCAAGUGUUUUUAAAAUAUAUUUGUCUGUGAUUGUUUUGUUUUGUUUUUUUCUAUGGAGAAUCAGACUAGGGAUGAAAUCCAGCAUGCCGUUUUAAAUCUUCCUUGUUUCCACACAAUUCUGAGUUUUCUAACCAAACAUGGCUGCGUCCCAUAUUUCCACUUGUUUAGUUUACUCUCGUGCUCUUCGUAUUACAUGACUGUCAGUGCCUCAUUUUGCUGCUUACCUUUUUUGGGUAUACACCCUAACUUUAGGAGGUAGCAGUUCUAUGAGGGCAGUUUUUCUCCUGAUCUCUGGCAGAUCAGCCACCUGGGCCUUCCCUUCCUUCCCGUGUCUGGAUUUGCCCUUCCAGAGAGAGGCUUAUAUCUAAACCAUUGGCUCCUUGGAAAGCUUUUUGAAAAGUCUCAGAAUUGAUUCAGAAAAGUCUGAUGAGGCCAAAAGCCUCUGAUUACAAAUCAGUCUGGAGCUCCUGUAGUGGCUCUCAGGUGUAGGGACAACUUGGUGCUGCUUAUUCCAAGUUUCAAAGGUUGUUCUCUCCCCAUCCCUUUGAGGACCUUCCCAUCAUACAGACCCAGGACCAGGAGGUCUACCUUCAAACAUCUGCCGACAGUGAGCUCUAUAACCUUUGGCAAGUCACGCAUCUUGUCUCUAGGCCUUAGCUGACAGAGCUGUAAAGUGUGAUGAAUGAAUGGAAAUCUGUACAGCUUCCUGAGAUUAGUUCCUGGCACUUUGUAAAUGCUCAGUGUAUAUUACCUCUUAUUGUUACACUUCCCUCUCCUGCACCUUUAAGCAUGGAGGGAUUCCCCCCGAAUCUUCUAAAUGUUUUGUGAUUAAAACAAUGAGAAUUGAUUGGUUAGAACACUUUCUUGUUAAAACCUUUUCUUUAGUUCUUGAUUUGCAUUGUUCUGAAAGAGGCAAGCUUGUGGCGAUAUGCCACGAUCUGUGUCUAUGUGGAUGCAUUCAAAACACAGCAUAGGUGCCAGGUAGUAAAUAUUGUAGGUUUUGCCGGCCACGUAUGAUCUCUGU